AUGUCUGAACCAUCAGCUACAUCAUCUUUGCCACAUACCAAUGUUUCGGCUGAUCACCAAAGAAUAUUUCAAGAAUUUUUAGAGUAUCCCAAGAACUCAACAAAUUAUUCUGAUGAAGUCCAAUUAAUGCUUCAAAAAGGCGAAAAACGUUUGAUAGUUUCAUUAGAUGAUCUUAGAGAUUUUGAUCGCAAAUUUUGGAGUGGAGUUUUGAAUAGCCCUGCCGAUUAUUUUCCGUCAAUUGAAAAUGCUUUAAAAGAAAUGGUAUUAGCAGUUCACAACCCUCUUUACCAUAGAGUAAAUGAACAUGAUACAUUUUCUGUUGCGUUUAGGGGGAGCUUUGGUGAUCAUUUUGUGAAUCCUAGAACUAUAAAGGCUAGUCAUUUGGGUAAACUUGUUUGUGUGGAAGGAAUUGUUACCCGUUGUUCACUUGUUCGCCCAAAAAUUGUUCGAUCUGUUCACUUUGCUGAAAAGACUGGUCAGUUUCAUACUCGGGAAUAUCGUGAUGCUACACUAUCAUUUGAUCCGAUACCAACAACAUCUGUUUAUCCUACCGAAGAUGAACAUAGUAACCCAUUAAUUACAGAAUAUGGAUAUUGUACUUAUCGCGAUUAUCAAACAAUAUCAAUUCAAGAAAUGCCUGAAAAAGCACCAGCAGGACAGCUUCCACGUUCUAUAGAUAUCGUUUUAGAUGAUGACUUAGUAGAUACCACAAAACCUGGAGACCGCAUACAAGCAGUUGGUGUUUAUCGUUCAUUGGGAUCAAAUGCUAUGUCACAAAGUUCUACGUUUAGAUCUUUACUUGUUGCUGACAAUAUAGUAUUAUUAUCAACUAAAGGAAAUGGCCAAAUCGCAACAAAUUCUAUAACGGACAUGGAUAUUAGAAAUAUUAAUAUUAUUGCACAAAAAUCUAAUGUUUUUGAACUUCUUUCUCAAUCUUUGGCGCCCAGUAUAUACGGUCACGAGUACAUUAAAAAGGCUGUUUUAUUAAUGCUUCUCGGUGGUACUGAAAAAAAUUUAUCUAAUGGAACUCAUUUAAGAGGUGAUAUCAAUAUCUUAAUGGUUGGAGAUCCUUCAACAGCUAAAUCUCAAAUGCUUCGAUUUGUUUUAAACACUGCGAACCUUGCUAUUGCUACAACUGGUAGAGGAUCAUCUGGUGUUGGCUUGACUGCAGCGGUUACUACAGACCAGGAAACAGGUGAACGAAGAUUAGAAGCGGGUGCCAUGGUUUUGGCGGACAGAGGUAUUGUUUGCAUUGAUGAAUUUGACAAAAUGAGUGAUGUUGAUCGAGUUGCUAUACAUGAGGUAAUGGAACAACAAACUGUCACUAUUGCUAAAGCCGGAAUCCAUACUUCUCUAAAUGCAAGGUGCAGUGUAAUAGCUGCAGCAAACCCCAUUUUUGGUCAAUAUGACACACACAAGGAUCCUCAUCAAAAUAUAGCACUACCUGAUUCAUUGUUAUCCCGCUUUGAUUUGCUUUUUGUUGUCACUGAUAAUGUAAAUAGAAUGCGCGAUUUUCAAAUAUCUGAACAUGUUCUUCGAAUGCACAGAUAUUUAACACCAGGUUCGGAAGAAGGCGUUCCUGUUCGAGAAAAUAUUACCCAAAGUUUAGUUGUUGGCGAUGAAGAUGAAGAAACUUCAGAGAAGGAAAGUACAGUGUUUGAAAAAUUUAAUUCUUUACUUCAUUCUGGUUUGGUCGAUGCUGGUCAGAAUCCUGAUGAGAUUGAAGUCUUGAGUAUUCCUUUUAUUCGAAAAUAUGUUCAAUAUGCAAAAACAAGAAUUAAUCCUCAGCUCACAGAUGAAGCAAAUACAUACAUUGUUUCUACUUAUUCCGCCUUACGAAACGAUCAAUUAGCGGGAAAUCAACGUCAUACUUCUCCUAUAACAGUACGUACACUUGAAACCCUUAUUCGUCUUUCUACAGCCCAUGCAAAAUCUCGUUUAUCAUCUCGAGUUGAAGAAAAGGAUGUUGAAGUAGCGGAGGAACUAUUACGAUUUGCCUUAUUCAAAGAUGUUUCCAAAAGAAAACACAAACGUCAAAAAAGAGCCCACACCGAUGAAAAUAAGGAAGAAAAUGAAGAAGAAGAAGUUGUACAAAGGACUCAAAACAUGUCCUUAAAUGGCAAAGAAAAUCAACUGUCUACACAACACAGAGAAGCAAUGGAUGAAAAUGAUUCUGAAGAUAUAGACAUUUUUCAAAUAAGGGAAAUUUCCCCAAAAGCUUCCUUAAAUUUAUCUUCUCAGGAGAGUCAUGUUCCAAGAGUUGAAUCAUCUCAUUCUAAUUUAAGUCGAAAUUCCACCCACCAGCAGGAUGCUAACCAAGGCAUUUCUUUUUCAAGAUAUGAAGAGUUUUUACAUAUAGCAGGAAGAUUGAUGAGUUCAUUAGAAUUUGUUGAUGAUGCCUCCAUUGAGAAAUCUAGGCUUCUUCUGGCAAUUAAUAGAGAGCAGGAUUCUUCAAAAAUAUUUACAACUGAGGAAUCAGAAGCAGCGCUGGAGUUGAUGUCUCAAUCAAACAAACUAAUGCUUAAUGAUGGUUAUAUAUAUAGAAUUUGA